GAAAAGCACAAUGUAAAGCAGAAGACAUUUUUCACUCUGGAAAAGGCUAAUGACAGCUCGUCUUCUCACAUAAAAGACAAAAACAUCAACAUAGUGCUGUUCAGGAUGUGAUGCACUAUGCCUUCCUGGGAGAGCCAAGUAUGUCAGAGAAAAACUUUAUUUGUGUGUGCCGUCACAUCCCUUGGUCUUUUGGUGGGACUGCUGAUAUUUGUUGUCACAUAUGUGACACUCAGCUGGCAGGAUGUCAUUGAAGAGGAUGUGUCCUAUGACCUGUAUGACGACUGCAGAUCCAAAGUCAGAGUUGUGACUGAUGCAGCCAUAAUGCAGACCUGGAACGCCAGAACAAACUUCAGUCAAGCAUGGAGCAACGCAGAGCAGAAAGCCAGAGAGCCCGCACACAAGUACAUGGAGAAAGAUCAUUCCAUAGCCAUAUACAUGUACACAGAUAUUAUGCUGCAACCUGCCAAGACUGCAGACAGACGUGGAAAACGACCAAAGGAGAUAUUUAAGCCGCGCUCCCUUUAUUUUUCCCUAAGUGAAGCCAUUCAGAUUCUGAGGCACAGUCAGGUGACAUGUCUCAGCACAAGUUACAGAACAGAGACCCUUCUACAUCUGAACAUCUCUGACAAACUGAUUCGCUUCAGCACCUUCGUGUUAGGAUCUGAUGGGGGGAACUUUACAAGGAAUGCUUCGUGUUUUGAAGUACACACGUGUUUUGGUGCUGAUGUAACGCAUUACUCAGCCUUGAAACUAAACAGUCAGGUGCUAAUUCCUCCCUACGAGGUGUUCAAAGUCACAGACACAGAGACAGACACACAGAGGUGUAAAGUCGUCUACAGACUGAAGAGCAACCUGAACUGUGUUUAUGAUAGAGAGAGUAAUAUGCUGCACCCAAUAUCUGCAUUACCAGUGGAGGGAUUCUGGCUCAUUUUUGUCAUCACUUGUAUGAUUAUUGUAUCUCUUUUGCUACCCUUUGUCAUUGUGAAGGUGUUAGACAACCACAAGAAAACUGCUGUUUACAGUGCCCCAUCAUUGCAUAGCAGCACUUACUACCCUGAUGGAGCUGUCAUUUAAAGGGCCAAGUUAAUUUUUAAAUAAAGAUGGUAAAUAAAGAUGGCAGCAAUCACACUGUGGCCCAGAGUAGGCUGUUUUAAAAAAGUAGCGGCACAGUGGUGUGGUGGUUAGCACUCUCGCCUCACAGCAAGAGGGUUGCCUGUUCGAUCCCGGGCGUGGGAGCCCUUCUGUGCGGAGUUUGCAUGUUCUCCCCGUGUCAGCGUGGGUUCUCUCCGGGCACUCCGGCUUCCUCCCACAGUCCAAAGACAUGCAGAUUGGGGACUAGGUUAAUUGGAGACUCUAAAUUGUCCGUAGGUGUGAAUGUGAGUGUGAAUGGUUGUUUGUCUCUAUGUGUCAGCCCUGCGAUAGUCUGGCGACCUGUCCAGGGUGUACCCUGCCUCUCGCCCGAUGUAGCUGUCCAGCC